AUGGCGGCUGCUCCCAAUGAGGGGAUUCUGAUCGGGGACAAGGUUUACUCUGGGGUGCUCAUCUGUCUGGAGAACUGCCUCAUCACCGAGGAUAAGUGUGAUCUCACUCCGUCCGUGCUGGACGGCCUGGACAGGGACACCGAGACCGACCUUCGCUGUGUGGGCUGCGAGCUCAUUCAGUCAGCCGGCAUUCUCCUCCGGCUCCCACAGGUGGCAAUGGCUACAGGACAAGUGUUAUUUCAGCGGUUCUUCUACACUAAAUCCUUUGUGAAGCAUUCCAUGGAGCAUGUCUCAAUGGCCUGUCUCCACUUGGCAUCCAAAAUUGAGGAGGCACCAAGGCGCAUCAGGGAUGUGAUUAAUGUGAUUCAUAGGCUUCGCCAGUUGAGAGAGAAACAGAAACCAUCACCAAUGGUUUUGGAUCAGGACUAUGUGAACCUAAAGAACCAAAUCAUUAAGGCUGAAAGACGGAUCCUAAAGGAAUUGGGAUUUUGUGUCCAUGUGAAGCACCCUCACAAAAUUAUAGUGAUGUAUUUGCAAGUAUUGGAGUGUGAGCGCAAUAAGCAUCUUGUCCAGACAUCAUGGAACUACAUGAAUGACAGCCUUCGCACAGACGUGUUUGUGAGAUUUCACCCUGAGACAAUUGCUUGUGCUUGUAUCUAUUUGGCUGCAAGGACACUGGAGAUUACUCUCCCAAAUCGUCCACACUGGUUUCUUCUGUUUGGUGCUACUGAAGAAGAAAUUCGAGAGAUUUGUGUUCAGAUUUUAAAGCUGUAUAGUCGCAAAAAGGCAGACUUGACUGUUUUAGAGAGUAAAGUGGAGAAACGGAAGCUGCAGAUUGAAGAAGCUAAGGCCAAGGCAAAAGGAUUACUCCCUGAGGGAACACCAAGGCUGGACAAUGGUCCGGAAUUCUCACCAAAUGCAAAAACUGCAGAAUCUCCAAAAGAUGGGAAAGUAAACAAGCCUUCACCUGCUGCCAUACAUGCACUGAAAUAUUCCAAAAGGAAAGUAGAUGGUGGAACGAAAAAGUCUACUUCAGCAAGUCCUGUUAAUGGCAUUGUUAAAGGGAGGGACAGCAGAAGCGGCAGUAGAAGCAGAGAUGAGAGCUAUUCCCGUUCCAAAUCUCGAUCUGUGUCUCCGAAAAGAAGGAAAAGUGAAAGUUACUCCACAUCAAGUGAGUCAAAAUCCCGUAGUCACUCCCGAAGUCGAAGUGAUUCCCCUCCUCGAAAACACAAUUAUAGCUCGCACAAAAGCUCUAAAGGACAUGUGUAUGGAAAGAGUGCUGACUACAAAUACACCACACACAAGAGAAGAUCUCAUAGCAGAAGUUCCUCUCCUUCCUAUAGCCGAUCACGCGAAAGUCCAGAAACUCGGAAGUACAAGAAGAAAAGCCACUACUACCAUGAGCGACGAAGGGAACGUUCCCGCUCCUAUGAAAGGGUGAGCCACCGAAAUUAUGACCGGGAUUACUCUGGGCACAGCCAUCACAGAAGAUGA